ACCAGCAGCGCUGUCUGACCAGACGGCACAGACAAAGGCAAUCAAUAAUGCUUGAGGGAAUGAGUGAGGAGAACAUGGAAAAGGGGUCUAGGGUGAGAGGGCUGCAGGAGGAGCUCCAGGCCACAGUGAUUCAUGCCAGCUGGUGCUCCCUCUCUCUGUAUGAAGCCUACCACUUGCCUGACCACAAACUCUUCGCUAAAUACAAGAUCUUCGUGACAAAUAACAGAGACUCCUGGUUUGUGAUCAGACAGUACAAGGACUUUGUCAAGCUGUUUAAGAUGAUUAAGAAGCAGUACCCAGACGCCCAGCUGAAUCAGCCCCAGAGGAAGCUGUUUGGAAGGAAGUACACUGCAGACAUCUGCUCGCCCACAGUGGAGUCUGUCGGCUCUCUGCAGGCUCUCCUGAUAGACUCCGGCACUCACUCAGACUGA